AUGUCAUUCAGACCAGGAAGUAGAGGUGGUAACCGUGGUGGUGCUAGAGGUGGCUCAAGAGGUGGUUCCAGAGGUGGUUUCAGAGGUGGUUCCCGUGGUGGUGCUAGAGGUGGCUCAAGAGGUGGUGCCCGUGGUGGCUUAAGAGGUGGUCCAAGAGGUGGUUCCAGAGGUGGUCCAAGAGGUGGUGCGCGCGGUGGUGCCAGAGGUGGGGCCAAAGUGGUUAUUGAGCCACACAAGCAUGCUGGUGUUUUCAUUGCUAGAGGUAAAGAAGAUCUUUUAGUUACUAAGAACAUGGCACCAGGUGAAUCUGUUUAUGGUGAAAAGAGAAUUUCUGUCGAAGAACCAUCAAAGGAAGACGGUGUUCCACCAACUAAAGUUGAAUACCGUGUUUGGAAUCCAUUCAGAUCUAAGUUAGCUGCCGGUAUUAUGGGUGGUUUAGAUGAAUUAUUCAUUGCUCCAGGUAAGAAAGUUUUGUAUUUAGGUGCUGCUUCUGGUACUUCCGUCUCCCACGUUUCUGAUGUUGUUGGUCCAGAAGGUGUGGUCUACGCUGUUGAGUUCUCUCACAGACCAGGUAGAGAAUUAAUCUCUAUGGCCAAGAAGAGACCAAAUGUUAUUCCAAUCAUUGAAGAUGCUAGACAUCCACAAAAAUACAGAAUGUUAUUAGGUAUGGUUGAUUGUGUCUUUGCAGAUGUUGCUCAACCAGAUCAAGCCCGUAUCAUUGCAUUAAAUUCUCAUAUGUUCUUAAAGGAUCAAGGUGGUGUCGUUAUAUCCAUCAAGGCCAACUGUAUCGAUUCUACUGUUGAUGCUGAAACUGUUUUCGCAAGAGAAGUUCAAAAAUUACGUGAAGAACGUAUCAAACCAUUAGAACAAUUGACUUUAGAACCAUACGAAAGAGAUCAUUGUAUUGUUAUUGGUAGAUACAUGAGAAGUGGGUUGAAAAAAUGA